CUCGUUCUUGUACUCCUUUGUUCAACACGAUGAUAAUUCCGGUUCGGUGCUUCUCAUGCGGCAAGGUUGUUGGCGAUCUCUGGGAGCGAUACCUACAGCUUCUUGACGAUGGUAUCCCCGAUGGAGACGCUAUGGAUCAACUCGGGUGCAAGCGCUAUUGCUGUCGCCGAAUGGUCAUGACACACGUUGACUUGAUUGAAAAGCUUCUGCGAUAUAAUCCCACUGAGAGAGAUCGAGCCAAAGCCCAAGUAUAAUUGCUUCAAUAUCAGCCACAGCAACUAAAAAGCGGCGCUUUCUGCAGUUAAAUUCUGCCUGCGCGGGUCGCACAUUUAUCGUCACCGGUUUUAACCGACCCUCAAAUGUAUCAGCACUACGAAUAACUGCCUUGAAGAGCGGUCAAUUCUAGAGCCGGCGCAAGGUCUCUUCCAUGCCUUGUGCUCGGGCAUCCCC